AUGAAGUUCAUCUGGGCCACUCUCGUUGUCGCAGCCGCAUCGGCCAUAGCCAGCCCCGUCGCUAAAGACAAUCCCAGCGGCGCACCGAGAACUGAUCUACACAAGCCGGCCUACGGAGACUAUGGAGACAACAGAGAUCAUGGAGACUACAGAGGCUAUGGAGACAACAAGGAGCAUGGAGACGAAAAGUACCGUGGAGACAACAAAGACCACGGAGACAAAGACCACGGAGACAAAGACCACGGAGACAAAGACCACGGAGACAAAGACCACGGAGAUAAUAAAGAUCAUAGAGACCACAAAGUCAACAACUACCAUGGAGGCAACAACUACCAUGGAGGCAAUAACUACCAUGGAGGCAGCAACUACCAUGGAGACAACAACUACCAUGGAGACAACAAAGAUCAUGGAGACAACAACUACCAUGGAGACAACAAAGAUCAUGGAGACAACAAAGAUCAUGGAGAUAAUAAAGAUCAUGGAGACAACAACUACCAUGGAGAUAACAACAAUCGUGGAGAUAACAACAAUCAUGGAGAUAACAACAAUCACGGAAACAAUAAAUACCAUGGAGACAACAGGGAUCACAAAGACAACAACUACCAUGGAGACAACAGGGAUCACAAAGACAACAACUACCAUGGAGACAACAGGGAUCAUAAAGACAACAACUACCAUGGAGGCAACAACUACCAUGGAGGCAACAACUACCAUGGAGACAACAACGACCAUGGAGACAACAGGGAUCAUAAAGACAACAACUACCAUGGAGACAACAGGGGCCACGACGAUCAUGGAAAGCACCCGAAGGAAGAAUAA